UUUCGUGGAGUGGCAGUGUUGUCCGCCCUACGAGCGCCAUCUGUACGGUCAUCAGUCAAGAAACUGCCACAGCAAACAGCGAAACAUGAAGAUGGACAGUGUCAGCCGUUGCUACAAUUUGAUUUGGCUCAGAAUGCUUUUGAUGUGCGUUAUCUUCUGUGUAGUGAGAGCUCAAGAAAAAGAUCCUCCUGCACCAUAUUGUCAAUGCGAAGAAACCGGUGGUUGUGAAUUUAAGCCAUAUAUCCCGACCUUAGAAGUUGACAAAGCAAUUUGGAGAGAAAAUGUAGCAAUUGCCAAAGAGGUGAAAAUAACUUCAACUCACCAAAACCCUGAGUCUGGGCCAGCUUGUAAAGCUGUUGAUGGAUCAACGGCCACUAAAUAUACUACCGAGAAAGGAAAGCUUAGCUGUGUAUCAAGUGGCAGGGACGACAAAGCUCCUGUUUGGGAGAUCAAUUUAAACGGAACGUUCCUUAUUAAUUACUUCAAGGUUUACUGGGAUGAAGCGACCAAGGACCAUUACGGAGACGCCGCCCUGAAAGUGAACGGCAAGCAGUGCCCUGCAUUCGACAAGCCAGUUACCAACCCGUCAGAAAUCAUGUGUAACACGUCUGGAACAAUCCUUAUGUUAUCUCUGACGGGCGACAAAGUUGGAUCUGACAACUUUCUCAAGCUCUGCGAAUUUGAAGCAUGGGUUUGCUUUCCUGGAUUUUAUGGGAAAUACUGUGACCAAAACUGCACCGAGGAAUGCGGUGAAAACAAGGCGUGCAGUCCACUGUCUGGAGAAUGUCUAAAGCCACCUGUAGAGGAACCUGAAGAAUGCCCAUUAAUUAAAGAAGCGGUGAUAAUUUCCAUCCUCUCUAUUCCAGUUGGGGUGAUCUUCUUUUUUAUAUGUCGGCCGCCUGACGAACCUCCACCUGCAACAGAAGAGAAAAAGGAAAAAGAAGAAGGGGAUGAGUGAGAAUGAACUCGCCUUACAAAAGCGCUUCGUGCUUGCCAUGUGUACAUUGUGUCAACUAUAUAAUAAAAACUGACAGUCUCCAUCAGUUUCUCAUUAUUUAGUUGUAAACACAGCUUUCGGAGCUAUUUUGGUUGUAAUUGUAAGUACAUUUUGAUAGACGCUACACACUAUAACAAUAUUUUCAACUUACGUUUUCCGUUGCACAUGAAAAGGACUGGUGUAUGCUGCUGCUUGUGGGAGACACAUUUUCUUUAGACAAAUGCAUUUAUUUAAUAGCUUUAAGCUUCUUCAGGUUAUAUGUAUAGAACAGGAUAAAACACAAAAAAAUUUCCAUUUGAAUUCGCCAGUUGCGGUUACAUUGUUGUAUGCAAAACUUUUGAAUUUUCAAUUAAUGUUGCUUUUAUGUUGAUGAAUAAAAUUCAGAAUUAAAAAUAUUUCGAUUGCUUUUCUGUAAA